AAACAACUUCCAGCCCUAUAGAUGGCCAGUAUAGCUGACUAAAAGCGUGAAACAAGUUGAAGCUAACAUGUACUUCUAUCUCGGUGCGUUUCUUGCUCUUAGCACUUUGGGAAGUUUCGUGCUUCCGGCUCCGGUACCAGAGACUCAACCUACACUGGAUAUAAAAGACAUGGAGGUCAUGAGAAGCCCAGAAUUUCAGGACGCCGCCGAGAGCGCUUUCAGCUUGAUCACGAAGAUCCUCAGCGAGAUCCCUGCCGUGCACAAAUCGAUUAUUCACACUCCGUCGCUGUCUCUAGACCAGAGUGAUUUGAGCGCACUGCAGUACCUCAAGGAGACCCUGGAUUUACCAGAACCGAGUCCUCUUCAGCCUCUCUCAGACAAGUUCAACCUGGAGAGUUCCUUGAGCCACAUGGUGGAGGGUCUGAAGUUGCACAAGACGCUGCUGAAGGUGAUCGCAGAGCUGCCGCAUUUUCAAUCCAAGAAGCCGAGUGAACUCCAGUAUGACCUGCGCGAUGCGUUGCUGCACCUCCACAAGAUGCAGCAUUUGAUUAAGGCGGUGAAAACACCAGAGAAGGUUUCAGAAAGCCAGCUGAAAGAGGACUUAGCUCAAAGGGUAAAAAGUGAUUACAUGUCCCAGGUGGCAGCACAUCUGACCCUGCUGCAGCUGAGAGGCUUCGCCAAGGACGUCAGCCGCAGCCUCCAGACGCUGAUUAUCUCAGAACAGGAGAAUUAAGAGCCAUGAAUCCGUGGGACCCCUGGACUACAUGACCACAAACCUCCGUUUCUUUUUUUUUUUACUCCAUAUUUGUUCACAUGUUUUAUCAACAUCUGGCAGGACAUGGGCUUUAACAAUGCCAUUAUUUAUUUAUUUGUUUGUUUGUCAAUUUACUGAUGAAUGUAUGCAUCACCCACCCACUAACCCGUUGUGAGAAAGUGAGCAAUUUCACGACAUUACUGGGUUUCUUAUGACUUGUCAUGUGAUAUGUGGGUGAGGAUGAGGAGGAUGAUGUGUUUUAAUCAUCAUCUGUACGCCGCUUACGAUCUACAUUAGGUCGCCUGGGCUGAACUAUUAUAUCAACGUCAAACGAGUAUCCGUGCUAAAGAUAGAUGUAUUUAUGUAUUUAUUUAUUUAUUACUUUAUUUAUUUAUUUUCCUGCAUUUAGAAGAAGGUCUUGUCACAGCCUGUGAUUGUUUUUUUGUUAUUAUAAUAUGGACACGUUUAUAUUAUUACAAUGUAAUAAGUUUUAUUGCCAAAUUCUUGCUAUUGUUUCUUGUUUUUUAGUUUUGUCUUAAAAUAACUCGGCUCGUUAAAAUUCACUUAUACCACUUCAGCGCUGUUAUUUCAGCCAAAGUGAUAUGAACUAAUCGCAGUAAAAAUAUUCACUUUAUCUUUUCUAAUUAAUAUCUAUUGGUGCAGGUGUUUGUUUACAUUGAGACAGUAGCACAUUAGUAGAUUGUUUUAAAGUAGAUUAUUAAAUCCAGCGCAUAACUGUUCAUAACAUCACUUUUACUCCACAUUUAGAUUUCCAUUAUGGUGCAGGUUAAACUUCAGGCAGAGAUCCAAGGACUGCAAAAGGUUUAGUAAAUUCUAGACAGACCAUUUUGCGUGUACUCCAAAGUAUUAAAAGUUGAGAGAUCAUUGAAAGAGCGAGUUCUGACCCACGUUCAGACAAAACCUUUCCUUUAUUUUUUUAUAUUUAAAUAAUUUAUUUUAUUUAUAAUAUGUACUUGUUAAUAUUAUUACUAUUU